AUACCUCGGCCAUCAACUCUCAGGCGGAGGUCCUAUGGCCAAUAUAAAAUUACCUUUUGGAGAACGCUUUGCCUAUUUUUACUUUGACUUAUAACGUCGUCUAACCUAAAAAUGUAUCAGCAGUACGAACACGUGCCAAAGCACUAUGCGCUAGAUGCUCAAAAUGAGAGCAGCUCGACGCCUUCAGUAAGUCUCACUGCCGCCGGCAGAGACGAUGAUGAGAAAUUCAAUUUCGGCUUCGAGGCAUUGCGUCCGAAUUUGUUUCGCACCACUUUCACCACUGCUAAACACCCAGUGCCACUGCACCCUAGCGCCAAACGUCCGGAACCUGCUUUUGGGAGCACCAGUCCCGAAGUCAGCCUCGACAAGGAUGGAAACUCUCAGACGAUCAAGGUCGGGAACGUCAAAGCAGUUGUCGAGUGGAAAAAUGGACCAGUGGUCACAAUUUACUUAGACGGCCAGGAGAAACCACUCCACCAAGACUUGGAAUUCCGAUCAUAUGCUCUCGAUGGUACAGGCAUUGCACACUAUACAAAGUAUAAGCAAGAUACCCUGCACGUUGGCCUCGGAGAGAAAGCCGCGCCGAUGGACCUCAGCGGCCGUGGAUUCAGCAUAACCGCCAGUGAUACCUUCGGAUACGACGCUUACCGUACAGACCCCCUAUAUAAGCACAUCCCCUUUUUGAUCAACGCCACUCCUACGGGCUGCAUCGGAAUUUUCUCGACUUCUCAUUCUCGAGCAAUCUGGAAUGUCGGAUCCGAGCUUGAUGGUAUGUGGGGCCACUUCAAGGUGUACCGCCAAGCUCACGGGGGACUUGAGGAGUACCUCAUUGUUGGAAAGACCGUGGCCGAGGUCGUACGGUCUUACGCGGAGCUAGUAGGUUUCCCGAUACUUGCGCCUCGGUAUAUGAUGGGCUACAUCGGCGGCGGAAUGAUGUACAGCAUGACAGACGAUCCGCCUGGAGGUGAAAAUGUUAUCAACUUUUUCAAGAAUUCUGAAAAGCAUGGUAUGCCGUGCUCGGCGUUCCAAAUGAGUUCGGGUUACACCGUAGCCGAAGUCGAACCCAAGACCCGAAAUGUCUUUACUUGGAACCGACACCGCUUUCCGGAUCCGCGGGCGUUCACACGUGAGGCCCACAAGCACGGUGUCCGUUUGCUAGCAAACGUCAAACCGUACGUCUUGGCAAGCCACCCCGCAUAUAAGGAACUUGUGAAAUCAGGAGCUUUCUUCAAAGACGCGAAGACUGGCGCUGCUGCGGUUGCGCGAUUGUGGAGUGCCGGCGGAGGGACGAACGGAGAAGGUAGCCACCUUGACUUCACUUCUAAAGCAGGAUACAACUGGUGGUACAAGGGGGUCAAAGAUCUUAAGGAGGUUGGAAUUGAUGCCAUGUGGAAUGAUAACAAUGAGUACAACACUCCCGAUGAUGAUUGGCAAUGUGCGCUGGAGACCGUCACCGUACCGGAAGGCGAAACGCGCAAAAACAUCGGUCUCUGGGGUAGAGCACUAAAUACCGAGCUCAAUGGAAAGAGUUCUCAUGACGCGACGAUUGAAGUUGAACCAGGGGUUCGGCCCUUCAUCCUCACUCGCAGCGCGACAGCAGGAACUAUGAGAUACUGCGCCAGUUCAUGGAGCGGAGAUAACGUGACUAGCUGGGAAGGGAUGAAAGGAGCGAACUCGUUGGCGCUAAACGCAGGUUUCUCUCUAAUCCAGUGCUACGGUCAUGACAUUGGUGGUUUCGAAGGACCCCAGCCAACUCCGGAGCUUCUAGUUCGUUGGAUCCAACUUGGCGUCCACUCGCCACGGUUCACCAUCAACUGCUACAAGACUAGCCCCGACGACAAUCUUAUCGGAGAGGUCAUCGAGCCAUGGCAGUACCCCUCCGUAUCACCCGUUAUCCGCAAGACCAUAGAUCGUAGAUACGAAUUAGUGCCAUACACGUACUCACUCAUCCUCAAGUCCCACCGAGAGGCCAUCCCUCCUCAGCGAUGGACCGGCUGGGGCUACGAGUCGGACCCCACGGUCUGGACCAAGGAAAUCAUGAAAGGAGAGACGCAGUAUUGGUUCGGAGACUCGCUCCUCAUCUCAGGUGUCUACGAGCCCGGCGUCGAGACCGCGAAGGUCUACCUCCCAGACGCGAGCGGCAGCGACCCGGGCUUCCUGAACCUGAACGCGCCGUAUCAGUUCCUCAAGGCGGGCGCGUGGCACGAGGUCUGGUCAACAUGGCACACGUCGAUUCCCGUGCUCGCGCGCAUCGGCUCCGCCGUGCCGACCGGCAAGCCCAAGCCGACCACCAGCGUCGCCGCGGACGACCCGGAGUUCCCGAACCUGGCGAAGGAUGACGUGCGCGCCGUCGAGAUCUUCCCGCCGCCGCUGGAGCAGUACCCGCACUGGCCCAGGGAGUGGGGCCAGAAGAAGAAGGCGCCCGUCAGCACGGAGACCAAGUGGUUCAGCUACUCGUGGCUCGAGGACGACGGCCAGAGCCCCGAGGACAAGGCCGACGCGGUCGAGGUUACUGUUAAGUACGGCGUGUCUGGUACCGAGAUCCGCGUCAAGGUGGAGUUGAAGAAGGAGGGGAAGUGGGAGCCGAUGUGGCUAAAGGAUAAUAUUACGGUGGUGCUGCCCGUUGGCGAGGAACGCGCUGUUAAGUCCGAGGAUGGUAAGGAUGCGCAUGAGGAUUUGGACCGUGAUGAGAAAGGCCGGCGGAUCUGGAAGGUUAAGGUUGAUGUGAAGUGAGAGGUGGGAAUAGCAUCGACGGAAUCAGCUUUGUAGGUACAUAGGUAACUAUGGAUAUUUAUAGCAAUCUGUAAAUUGUUGCUGUUCGGGAAAUAAAUAAUAGACGUUCUCCUUUCAUUGGCCGGAUUGUCGCGCGAUGCAAAUGGACUCGAAUUCAAUUCAUUUUACUGGUUCGCAUAGAAUUACGGCUUAGCAAAUCGUUGAAAGGUUCCGCUGGAAAAAAACCUUAUAAUUGCGAAGGCA